AUCAAACAGACAGACAGACAGACAGAAAGACAGAAGGAAAGAUGAGGAAACCAGCUUCAUCAUCAGCAAAGGCAAUGAAGAAAACAACUGCAGGAACAACAACAACUAAGACACCAUGCUGUGUAAAGAUAGGGUUGAAAAGGGGACCAUGGACGGCGGAGGAGGACGAGCUUCUGUCGAAUUACAUACAUCGAGAAGGCGAAGGAAGGUGGCGCACGCUUCCGAAGAGAGCGGGUCUGCUCCGCUGCGGGAAGAGCUGUCGCCUUCGGUGGAUGAACUACCUUCGCCCUUGUGUUAAGCGAGGCCAGAUCGCCCCCGACGAGGAAGAUCUCAUUCUCCGCCUCCACCGACUCCUCGGCAACAGGUGGUCACUAAUAGCUGGGAGGAUUCCAGGGCGGACAGAUAAUGAGAUAAAGAAUUACUGGAACACUCACCUCAGCAAGAAGUUGAUAAGCCAAGGAAUUGAUCCAAGAACACACAAGCCACUAAAUCCUUCUUCUUCCAAGUUGAAUAAUUGCAUUCCUAGCUGUUCUAACCCUAAUCCAGAAAAUAAUAAUGUUGGGGAUUAUUUUCAAAAUGGGUAUGUCCAUGUCCAAAGUGCUUCCAUUGAUCAUCAUCACCUGCAGUAUCAAUUACCAGGAACGUUAGCAGUGAAUAAUGGCUGCUCAGCCGGUUUGCUCAACAACAAUCAAGAAGAAGAUUAUGAUAUGAAUUGCUGCAAUGGUGAUGAUGUGUUCUCUUCAUUCCUAAAUUCACUCAUCAAUGAGGAAGCUCAUCAAAAUGAACAAAUGGCAGAUCCGUUGGUUUCGAUUUCCUCUUCUUUUUUCGGCUUUGGAACAAGCUGGGAGUCUCCUCUGGUGUCAUCUACUUUUAGCCAAAAUGAUCCCAAGGGAGUUGAACCACCUGCAUGUACUCUUCCACAGUGAAGCUGCAUGCAUGCAUGUUGGUUUGCCUGGUAUUUACUCUAUAUCUCUCAAUUCUAGGGUUUGCAUGGUUUUUAUGAUUUUAUGUAUCUCGAUUAUGCGUUAAUAUUCUUGUGUCUUCUAGACAUCAUAUUAUUUCUAUCAAUAUGUUGUUGUAUGUGUGGGAAUCUAUAUAUUUAUAUAUAUGUGUAUUGGUGUUCCAAACAAACUUAAAUAUCUUUUGAACAAUAUAUGAAUAUGAUUUGUAUGAACCUGAUUUCAUUACAUGUCUCUCUAGAAGUUCUUUAUUAGUCAUAUAGUUGUCAAAGAGCUUCCCAAGAAUUAUGGGAUCACAAGUUAUCAACUAAGUGAUACUCAGGUAUAUAUAAAAAAUAAAAAAAAAAGGAAAAAGAAAAGGAAAUUAUAUUGAAAGGCAUAUUCAACAAGCAAAUACAGCUUGGUGAUGUUCAAGUAGGUAAAGAUUAUAGUACUAGAGAUUAGAGAGAGUAUAUGCAUUUAGAAUUUCAUAACAUUUAUUCCAAAAAAUCGAUUAUGCUUUACUUAUAUUAAGAAGAAUGAUCUUCUUCAGUGGAUUUUCCUUGAUCUUGUUUAGUCUAUUUUCUUAGAAAAUAAGACUAUAUAUGAAUCUUUGACUGGCCUACUAAUUAUUAACUUAAAAUGAUUGCAAUUAACCUCAUAUUAUGGGCAAUCCCUCAAUAUCGUCGGAUUAAUUAAGCUAACCCAAAAAUGUAACACAUAAUUAAAUAAAUUAAGAAGGUGAAGCACCUAAGUUGUCCUGAUUGCUAGGUAUAUAUACCUUAUUUAGGCGCUUCCCGUUGAUUUAAUUAAUGCAACAUAUAUACACUAUAUUCAUUUACUCUAUAGUUUGUUUAAUGCUUGAGAAAAGCAUUAGUUUAGGUUAGAUGGAAAUAUCUAGCCUAUGCAUUCAUUGCACAAUGUUGGUUUUGUUAUAAAUCGAAUAUUCGUGAAAGCACUUUAUAAAUACAAUCGAACUCGAAUAGGUAUUAAUUAUUCACUAUGUGUCUAAAUUCAUACGGUUGUGUCCUUAAAAUGACGUACAUUCUUAGCUGAGAGUGAUUGAAUCUUUAUUUAUAAAUCAUAUCGAUAACUUACACUUAAACGACAUGAAAUACAAGUUUUAACAGGUUUCUAUAAUUUUGAGAUUCAUGAAGUUCUAAAACCAUAAGCGAAAAUGUAGGCAUUCAUUAAUUUUUUGCCAAAUAAACAGGAAGGAAUAAU